AUGUCCGCGCCCGCCCGACCUGCUCCCUCACCGGUCGUUCUCCUGGUAUACCCAGUGACUUUGCUACUGGGGUCUCUGUUCUCAGUCAUUUCGCCUGUCGCUCGCGCGACCAGGAGCUCUUCGUCCGAACCGUCCGCACCUUUAGCUCCCUCCCUCGCUGCCGACCUUCAUCUCUCCGAGAGCCCAGUCAACUACUUUGCGCGAAAGAAUAACAUCUUCAACCUCUACUUCGUGAAGAUCGGCUGGUUAUGGUUGACCGUCGCUUUCGCAUCCUUAAUCAUUUUCCAACCAGCAUACAACCUCUCCUCCGCUUCGCAAGCACAACAGGAAACACGCUUCCGCCGUUCCCUUCAAGCCUUCCUUCGCUGGUGCCUUGCCACGAGCGUGUGGUAUUUGAUGACGCAAUGGUUUUUUGGCCCGGCCAUUAUUGAUCGCAGCUUUGUGGUCACGGGCGGGAAAUGUGAGCAGGCCUUGAACAAGGUUGCAAAUGCGGGCUCGGGAAGCUCCUCUGUUCAGCCUGAGACGCUGUUUACGGCUGCUGCCUGCAAAGCUGCGGGCGGUGCGUGGCAGGGAGGACACGAUAUCAGUGGGCAUGUGUUCAUGCUGGUCCUGGCUACGGCACUGCUGGCUUUCGAGGCGGUCGGUGCUGGUGCCGUCGCUUCGUCUCUCAGCACCGCGCGCGAGGGCGAGGGUCGUGAGCGCAAGGCAAGUGACCCUAAUGCAUCGUCACCCGGCGACCAGGAUGCCGCUUCUGGAAUGGGGAGGACGUGGUCGAUGCGCUUGGUCUGGGGUGUGGUGGUUUUGGGCUGGUGGAUGCUCUUUAUGACAGCUAUCUGGUUCCACACCUGGUUAGAAAAGUGGUCUGGUUUGGCCGUUGCUUUGGGCACGGUAUACGUCAUUUACAUUCUCCCCAGAAGACUUCCCCCGUGGAAAGAUAUCGUUGGCAUCCCGGGAGUAUAG